AUGACGUCCGACCUAUACGACUCCGAUGAUGCCUUGAACCGUUCCCCCCUCCUGCAGCCCCAGGUCAUCAAGUAUGGCCCCGAGGAGCAGCUCCCUCCGUUUCUGCACAAGGAGUCCGCCUCGGGAGAGGGGGGAGGCGACAGUCCGUCAAGCCAAGGAAGUUUUACGGGUCGUUCGCGUAAGAAACGCUGGCAGCAGUCCACUUUAGGCGACGCAGUCCUGAUCAGCACCAUAGACCCAAACAGGCCGGAUAUUGCCAGAAUCGCCGCGGAGGAUCCUCUGGUUGUAGACUCAUCAGACGACGACGAUGAUGAUGAUGACAGGAGGACAAGCCCGGCCAAACCGAUCCACCACAAGCCACCAGCCCUUCAGACAACCUCCAAAGCAGCAGAUUUAGGACAAGCAGCCGCCAAAGCCCUAUCAUUACUUAUUGACGACACCCCGGCCGCUGGCGGGAAACCAGCGCCGCUCGACCAUGGCCCUCUACCAUCUAUCGACCAGCUCACCUCGGAGCCCAAAUCCCCAAGACCUAGUCACCGCAAACAACCCUCUCUCGGGCCGACAACGGAGAAGCCAGAAGAAGAUAGCUUGGCGACUUCUCCUCUGGGGAAAUUUACCAUCUCUCCGUCCGACCGUUCGCCCCAGGAACUCCUUCCAGCAAUCCAGUCGCCCCCUCAAUCCGCCGCCGGAGGGUCUCCCGAGAAUACACAGAGUCUGCCAUCAAUCCAUUCCGCGAUAGGGGAGCUCCCUGCGGCGCCGCGACGAGACUCCUCGGGUCGGAUCAACACGAUCCCUCCCUUCUCGUCCAUCUCAGGCGCUUCGCCUCCACUGCCUCGGACUGUCUUAGGUCGCGAGCGUCAGCUGUCAGGCCCACCACCACCACCACCACCCCCGCCGCCGCCGCCACCGCCAGCGCAGAUGCCCAGCCCCUUUUCUCACGUAACACCGAUGAGUUCAAAAGAUCCGACCGGCUUGUCGCCCGCGUCGCAGUCUUCUUACAGUAUGAGGCCGACACAGGGAUUGAGGCCCGAUCUGGCCAAUAUGACUUCGCCAUACGAUGCGUCCCCUCGCGGGUCCCAAUCGGUCCCAAAUCCGGCUGCCAACUAUCCAACGCCCACCGAUUCACGGCCAGGGGGUGAAGAACGUCCGGCUUUGGCAGCCGGUCCAUCGCCCCCCAGUGGGCCGAUGUACAAGUGUAAGCACCCUGGAUGUACUGCGCCGCCGUUUCAGACACAGUAUCUUUUGAACUCUCAUGCAAAUGUUCAUUCGCAAGAACGACCACACUUCUGCCCUGUUCCCGGCUGCCCUCGUGGUUUUGGGGGGAAAGGCUUCAAGCGCAAGAACGAGAUGAUCCGCCAUGGUCUCGUCCACAGCUCUCCGGGAUAUGUCUGCCCGUUUUGUACCGAUCAGCAGCAUAAAUACCCGCGGCCAGACAAUCUCCAACGCUGGCAGAGGGGUAUGAUGGAUACGAAGUCAAACGAUAUUAAAGCACAGUACAUACAUACAUAUGACAUGAUAUGA